UCAGCAACAUGAUGGGCCUGCCAGGCCAACUGGCCAAUGAGCCCAUUGCCGACUACAAAAAGCGCGUCCAUGCUCAGCUCGCUGCAAUCGAGGCUGAGGAAAAACGCCAGCUGGCAGUCAAGGCUGCCCAGCUACAGGCUGAUGAAGCGGCAACAGCAGAGAAGCUGCGGCUACAGGCCGAAGCAGACGCAGAUGCCCAGGCUCGCCGCAAGGAAGCCCAGGCUCUGCUGCAGCGGCAUGAAGCCAACAGCAUCGAGACACGGGCACUGGACGCCCGUGUACGGGACCUGGAACAGGCUGUACCAGGACCAGAUGCUGGAGCUUUCACCAGUGCAUCCUCUAGCCGCCAACUGGAGGAACGCGUUGACCACGUAGUGGCAAUGCUAGGAGACAUAAGUGCCUUGACAGAGCCGGCCACCAUCAGCCAGCGGUUCAAAUUGCUGGACACUAAGAUCAGUCAGCAACAGCAGACUGACCACAGCCACAACAACAACUCGGCGAGGCCAUACAAGAUGCCGACGUUCCGGAUCGAGAAAUUUGAUGACUACACACAUCAAGACCCGGUCGUCUGGUGGCAAGGAUUUACAACGGAAUUGGGGAUUCACGAAGUCCCUGACCAUCUGUUCAUCAGUGCUUUGUUCAUCAACACCAAGGGAGGUUGUCAGAUCUGGCUCAGCCACAUGGCAACCAUCCACGGCGUCCAGGUUUCAGACCUGUACAAGAAGGUCUCCUGGGAGGACAUGACAAAGGAAUGGAAGAAGCGGUUCAUCGUCGACGACGCCCCGGCACUCGCCGUCAACCGCAUCUUCACGAUGGCUCAAGGGAGCACACCUGACUGGCUCACGGAUUGGCAGAAAAUUGUGGCGACGCCCGAUUUGGACUUGUCAUUUCCGCAUCUGCGGCGUGAGUUCUACAACAGGUCAUGCGCCGCUCUCAUCCUCGCACUUGGUGAUCGCGAGCAGUACAGCACUUUCGCAGAGAUCAUCAACAAGGCGAGAGAGCUCAUCAAGACUAACAGGCCGGCUGCACACGAGAAGUCCACGUGGCAGCCAACCUAUGUGGAGAAGGUACGAACUGGUCAGCGACAGCAGCAGUUCGCUGCAGUCCAGUCGGACAGUGGAGAUAACCCAGCAGCCACUCCAACAUCAAGUGACGGAGAUCAGGUGGCUGCCGUCCAGCCGCGAAGCAACAACAAGUCCCGCAACAAUGGGAAGGCGAAAUCCGCAUCGCAGACCGGAAAUGGACAGCCAGGACAAUUUCCAUGGGUCAAGUUUGGCUUAACCGAGGCGGAGUACAAGGUCCGCGGCCGCUACGGCAGCUGCUAUUGGUGCAACAGCACCAAGCACAAGACCUCCCUGUGCCAAGAUCAGGGCAAGGAGGAUACGAUCAGGAACGCUGGCCCUCUCCCGCGCAUCGACGACCUUCUCGAGCGAUUGGGCGGCGCCCAGUUCUUCUCUAAGCUGGAUCUCAAGUCAGGGUACCACCAACUCGAGAUUCGCAAGGAGGAUCGCUACAAGACYGCGUUCAAGACACGAUAUGGGCAUUUCGAAUGGUUGGUCAUGCCAUUUGGCCUUACGAAUGCCCCAGCCACUUUCCAAGCGGCUAUGACGACGGAGUUCCGACACAUGCUGAAUCGUCUCGUACUUAUCUACCUCGACGACAUUCUGGUUUACAGUCGGAGUCUGGACGAGCAUGUGGAACACCUGCGCACCAUUUUGGAGCGGCUACGACACGCCAAGUACAAAGCAAACCGCGACAAGUGCGAGUUCGCACAGCAGGAGCUGGAGUACUUGGGACACUAUGUGACGCCGCAAGGCAUCCGUCCGCUUGCGGACAAGAUCGAGGCCCUACGAGUAUGGGUCGAGCCCACCAACACCACGGACGUUCGUUCAUUCAUGGGGUUGGCGGGCUACUAUCAGCGAUUCAUCACCGGAUACUCAAGGAUUGCUGCACCUAUGACGAGGUUACAAUCGCCAAAGGUGCCGUUCGUAUUCAAUGACGACGCACGCCGGUCAUUCCAAGCACUUAAGACGGCUAUGCUCAUGGCACCCGUCCUUAGCAUCUAUGACCCCACCCUGCCGACGCCAGUGACUACGGACGCUUCCGGCUAUGGCAUUGGGGCAGUCUUGGAACAGCACGACGGCGACGACUGACACCCUGUGGAGUAUUUCAGCCACAAAGUGCCUCCCAUCAACUCGCUCGAUGAUGCAAGGAAGAAGGAGCUGCUCGCAUUCGUGAUGGCUCUC